AUGUUCUCAACAAUGCGCAUUUUACUCCGCACCGCCACGAUCGGCGUCGCCACGGGGACAAUGGCGAUGACAACAACUUUGGUGUCUGGUGCACAUCUUGCCGCAGUACGGUGGUCCUCCUCCUCGACGUCGGACAAUUCACCGGCACUCUUGUCGCAGCGAAGUUUUUUUUCCGGAGGCGCCGAUGGUCGCUCCUCCGCGUCGAUUGUCGUGGUCGAUGCUGAGCUUGCCGCAAAGGAGCGUGACCGCAUCGCACGUGAGAUGUUGUCGCAGAACAUGCCUAGCCCUCAUGCCGAGGAGCGAUUGGUGGUGACGAUGAGGGGACUGGAGCACACUGUGCCGUAUACCCUUCGUAUCGUUCUGAACGGGCCAAACGAAGCAAAGAAUGGUGAAGUCAUAGCGGGGAAAGUAUUAAAAGAGGCCUUCGAGGUUGUGGAUCAGCAUUUGAAUCACUAUAACCCGGAGAGCGAGGUGUCGGCAAUCCCCCCCCCCCCUCCCCCCCCCUCAACAACAAAACCACCAGACCGACGGUACACGCGUCUGCAAUCAUCCCAUCGUUUUUAUUCCCGCAAUAUUUUUAUUUUAUUUAUUUAUUUAUUAUUUUUCUUUUUUUUUAAUAGUCCCCAAAACAACAACAACAACAACAACAAACGGUGGUGGUGA